AUGGCUCUCGACCGCCUAAAGCAAGCUGCCUCCCAUAUCACCGGCCAGACUGAGCCUCCUUACCCAUUCGACCCUCUCUCCGAGUCUGAAAUUGAGAAAGCUGUUGCUAUCAUUCGUAAGGAGCACGACAACCUGUUUUUCAAUGCAGUUACGCUAUGGGAGCCGCGCAAGGCGGAGAUGAUGGCGUGGGUUGCAGAUCCAGAACACACACCUAGGCCGCACAGGGUUGCGGACGUGGUAGCGAUUGGCAAAGGGAGCAAGGUGUAUGAUGGAAUCGUGGACCUGAACGAGGGCAAGCUUGUGGCCUGGGAGCUAACCGAAGGCGUACAGCCCCUGGUACACUUGCAAAUAGUGGAGUUAGUGGUUCGGAAAGACCCCAAGGUCAUCGAACAAUGUGGGAUUCUUGGCAUACCGGCGGAAGAUAUGCACAAAGUGUACUGCGACCCUUGGACGAUCGGCUACGAUGAGCGCUUCGGGAGCAAUGUGCGCCUUCAGCAGGCACUGAUGUACUAUCGCCCACACGUCGACGACAGCCAGUACAGCUAUCCCCUAGACUUCUGCCCAAUUUUCAAUGCCGAUACUCAAGAGAUUAUUCACAUCGACAUACCGAAUGUACGACGACCGGUUAACGCAGCUCCACCAAACAACUACCAUGCCGCAUUUAUCGAAGCUGAGGGUGGCUACCGCACUGAUAUCAAGCCUAUCAACAUCACUCAACCAGAGGGCGUUUCUUUCACAAUGGAUGGACGAAUAAUCAGCUGGCAGAAUUGGAAACUACACAUUGGCUUCAACUACCGGGAGGGUAUGGUUUUGUCCAACAUCACCUUUGACGACAAAGGCAAUGAGCGACCAAUCUUCUGGCGCAUGUCUCUCGCAGAGAUGGUUGUGCCAUACGGCAAUCCCGAACACCCUCACCAGCGCAAGCAUGCGUUCGAUCUAGGAGAAUAUGGAGGAGGAUACAUGACCAACUCACUGAGUCUGGGAUGUGACUGCAAGGGUGCCAUCCAUUACCUCGACGCCGCAUUCGUCAACCGCGCUGGCGCACCGACAACCAUCAAGAACGCAAUUUGCGUGCACGAGGAGGAUAACGGCAUCUUGUUCAAGCACACCGAUUUCCGUGAUGACAGCGUAACGGUCACUCGCGCCAGGAAGCUCAUUAUUUCGCACAUCUUUACCGCCGCCAACUACGAGUACUGCGUCUACUGGAUCUUCCACCAGGAUGGUACCGUGCAGCUCGAGAUCAAGCUCACUGGUAUUCUAAAUACAUACUCUAUGCUCCCAGGCGAAGAUCUCCACGGCUGGGGCACAGAAGUGUACCCAGGUGUCAACGCCCACAACCACCAGCAUCUCUUCUGCCUUCGCGUCGAUCCUAAUAUUGAUGGACCGAAGAACACUAUCUUCCAAGUUGAUGCUGCGAGAGGAGCAGGCGAAGUCGGCUCGAAGGAGAACCCAUACGGCAAUGCUUUCUACGCAAAGAAGACUCGGUUCGAGACCCCUGAACAGGCCAAGAGCGAUUACGACGGUGCGAGCAGCAGGACGUGGGAGAUGAGCAAUGAGAGCAAGCUCAACCCAUACAGCCACAAGCCUGUCAGCUACAAGCUGGUGAGUAGGGAGGUACCGGUGUUACUGCCUAAGGAGAAUGGAUUGGUAUGGAAGCGUGCUGGUUUCGCUCGACAUGCCGUGCAUGUAACAAAGUACGACGACUCUCAAAUUCACCCUGCCGGCCGUCACGUGCCUCAAACAUCCGGCGAGCCCUCCGAAGGUCUUCCCGCUUGGAUCGCUGCCAAUCCUAACCAGAACAUCGCUAACGAGGAUAUUGUGCUUUGGCACACCUUCGGCAUUACCCAUUUCCCGAGUCCGGAGGACUUCCCCGUCAUGCCUGCUGAGCCGAUGACCUUGCUUCUACGCCCAAGGAACUUCUUCACGAGAAAUCCGUGCUUGGAUGUCCCCCCCAGCUACUGCAGCGUGCCGAGUGGCGUCAAGCAGGGCGUGAGCUUGGUGGAUAAGCUGUCGACAUUGGCGUUUGGAGGAGAGCAGAAGAAGGAUUGCUGCAAGAACCUCUUAACGUCCAAUUCCCCAUUCUCGAGCUUCCCCUGUGCUACGACAUGUCUCCAACCUAAGCAUGCGCACGCCAUACGCCGUUCUAUCCCCCACUGGCACAUAAUGCCGCGCGCCCUCCCACCGCUCGAGGGCCCUGUCCACGACCCGCCCCCGCGCCCUUCGAAACUGUCGCCAUCUGUUGUAGAAAGCGUAGCUGGCUUUACCGCGGGGGUUGUGAGCUGCCUGACAGUGCAUCCGUUGGACCUGCUCAAAAAUCGUUUGCAGCUAAACACUAAGACACGAUCAAAACCGGGCGACUCGUUCCGCAUCAUUCGCAAUGUUAUUCAGCACGAAGGCGGGGUGCGGGCGCUGUAUCGAGGCCUGUGGCCGAAUAUGCUGGGGAACUCGUUGGGGUGGGGACUGUACUUUCUCUGGUACCGUAAUAUGAAGGAUCUGCUGCAGGCGCGUCGAGGGCACGGCGAACAUUUGUCGUCUGGGGAGUUCUUCUCCGCGUCUGUGAUUGCCGGCCUCCUCACCGGCGCAUGUACGAACCCGAUAUGGGUCGUAAAAACACGCAUGCUGGAGCGCGGCGCCAACCACCCGGACGCCUACACCGGCCUAUGGUCUGGCAUGAAGCACGUAUAUAGGACGCGCGGGCUCAAAGGGCUGUGGGCCGGAUUCACGCCCUCUUCCCUCGGCGUCGCUCACGGAGCGGUCCAAUUCUCUAUUUACGAGAAAAUGAAGCACCGACGUGGUGCGAUGAUUGGCGGCGAGCACAAUCUGUCGAAUUGGGAGUACAUCUAUAUGAGCGGCGGCUCAAAGCUGCUCGCCGGCGCCAUUACAUAUCCUUAUCAGCCGAUAAGAGCUAGGAUGCAGACGUAUGAUGCGAACAAGAACUAUAACGGGUUGUUUGAUGUGUUGAGGAAGACGUGGAAGAAUGAAGGGUUUUUUGCAUUUUACAAGGGUGUCAUCCCUAAUACUGUCCGCGUCAUACCAACUACGAUUGUCACAUUCCUGGUGUACGAAAACACGAAGCUUUACCUUCCAACGUUCUUCGAGGAUGAAAUGAGUCACGAAGAGGAUUGA